AUGGAUACAAGAUCAAGAUUUUCGUGGCUUGUCUUGUUUAUUGCCAUUCCUAUUGUUCGGCUGAAAGGUGAUGAAAUGGGAAACGGCACAGCGCAUUCUCAAAGCGUUAAUACUACUUCUUUGGCUCUUCCUAAGCUUCUUCGAGGAAAUAAAGAUUUAGAAGCUGGCAAAAACAAAACUUCAACUGAAGUUGUGAACAACAGAAAGAAUAGAGAUAAUGGCCCAUAUUAUAGAGGAGGAGGGGGUGGCGGGGGUGGAGGCGGAGGCGGAGGUGGCGGUGGGGGUGGGGGAGGCAGUUAUAGAUGGGGAUGGGGAGGAGGGGGAGGAGGGGGCGGCGGCGGCGGCGGCAGCGGCGGUGGAUGGGGAUGGGGGGGAGGAGGGGGUAGUCAGUAUAAAUGGGGAUGUGGGAGAAAACCAAAAUAUGGUAUAGGAAAAGGCGUUGGAGGUGUCAGAAAUCAUCACUCACAUAGAAAGAGAAUUUUCAGGAAGGAUGAUGAUUUUAAGCUGGGAGAGUUUGCACAAUGCAUGGGUAGAGGCCGGUGCAGAGGCAUGAGAUUGGAUUGCCCUCUUCACUGCGGUGGACCUUGCUUUUACGAUUGCCAACAUAUGUGCAAGGCUCACUGUCGACGUUCCUGA